UUUAUUAUAUUUCCCGACUUCCUUCUUCGCAAUUAGGUUUACUAUUUGUAGCUGGUAUCCCACGCUAUAGCCUUACACGGAUCUUAAGAGGGUAAUUUAAAAAGUUGAAAUGGCAACACUACCCUCACCACCUUCGGGUCCCGACGGCCCGCAGCCCUCAUUCUGUUUUUUCCGUGCAUAGCCUUAACACGUCGUAUCGAAUAUUCAAGCGGUUCUCAAGAUGGCGCAUAGGAAGAGGAAAAGUGAUUUGGAUUCAGAAGAAGAAAUACGAGAAAAGAUCAGAAGACUAGAACAACAACUUUCGCGUAAAAAAGAUCGUCGUCGAGUUAUUUUUACAUCGUCAUCGGAUGACGAAGAUGAACAAGGUUACUUCUUCGUUAAGAAAUGCCGUUUUAUGUUGCGAGACAUCUGUAUGGGAUGUCUUCUUCAUACAAUCAUAAGCACGCUUAGUCCAACUGGGGCUAAGCAAUAUGAGAUUUACCUAAAAGAGCAUUCGCCUAUCGUUGCAGAACAAGUCUGUACUCGUUCGGCUGGAGCGGCGCGCACCGACGCGGCGCCGUCGACGGGAUCGCGGGAUUCGCGGGACGAGGUCGCGGCAGGAACGAGCGGCGUGUCGGCGGAGCCCGUGGCCGGCCCGAGCGGCGUGUCCAUGCAUCGCGCGCGCGCGCCCCCCGCGUCCGCAGCACCGAGCCCCGCGCCGGCACCAGCGACGGAGGCAGCGCCUGAGGUUCCUUGCACGUCAGAGGUCGCCGACCUUGCGCUUAACGAAGACGUUCUUUUAUUACUGGGUGACGCGCCUGAACCGGAAAUUGAUUUCGGUAAACCCAUACAUAAGGAUAUAGCCUCCAGGUGGCAGGAAAUCCUUAUCAAGGGCCUACCGAAAGAAGUAAUGGACAAAUUGCUAAAGGAAUAUUUAAUUCCAAAAAAUUGUGAAUAUUUGGUCUCUCCUAUUCUUAACCCGGAGGCUAAAGUAGCCUUAUCAGACUUUAUGGUAAAAAGAGAUGCCGCAUUAUCGGCAAAACAAAAACAAAUAGGUAUUGCUUUAGCUGCCUUGUCCCAAGCGGUUGAAUUGGUGAUAAACAAGGAGACUUCGUCACAAAAAAUCCUGAAGCCAUUGGGCGACGCUUGUCGCAUUCUUUGCGAUAGUCAUUUUUGUGAAACAAAAACCCGUCGUGGGUUCGUUACUGCGGCCAUUAAUGCUGAUCUUAAAGAUGUUAUUACCGAAAGUCCACGCGACAAAUUUUUAUUCGGUAGCAACAUAACUGAGCAAUUAAAAUCUGCUAAAACUAUUAAAGAAUCAGGAUCUGUUUUAAAGCAAGCUAAGAAUCAAAAAUCUCAGAAGUUCAAUAUUAAUAACUUCACUAAACGUAAAAACCACAAUAGCAACCAGUAUAGCAGCCGUUUAAACUGGAGAGCAUCGCCGCGAAGAGCCCCCAACAAACAGGAGUACCGGAGACAUUCGACGCGGCGUCCUGCGACGAGAGGGAGCUUUCAACAGCGGGAGAAGUCGGAGCGGUCACCGGCCCGGAGGUCCAGGAGGCGCUAGAGCCCGAGGUAAAAUACUGCGGACGACUCAAGCAUUUCGUUACGAACUGGCUUCGAGUAACCGAUGAUCCUACAAUCUUAUCUUGGUUAAAAGGUUAUAAAAUACCUCUUACCUCCACACCUGUUGACAGCUGCAAGCCAGUAGUGUAUCCUAAAUCGUCCCAAGAACAUUCGGAUUUUAUGAAAGCCAUUAGUUCUUUAAUAAAAAUAAAUGCCAUAGAAAAAUGCUCACAUCGUUCUGAUGAAUUUCUGUCUAGUAUAUUUUUGGUUCCAAAACCUAACGGCGACAAACGGUUUAUUUUAAACUUAAAACGCUUAAAUAAAUAUGUCGCUACAAGUCAUUUCAAAAUGGAAGAUUAUAGGACGGCUGCUAAACUAAUUACAGAAAAUUGUUAUAUGGCAAAUAUAGAUAUGAAAGAUGCUUAUUUUUUGGUACCAGUUCAUCCUAGUGAUAAAAAAUAUUUGAGAUUUAAAUAUGACGGUACAUUAUAUCAAUUUAAUGUACUCCCUUUUGGGCUUUCAGUGGCACCUUUUGUGUUUACAAAAUUACUAAAACCUGUUAUUGAAUACCUACGAUCUCGUAAUAUGGUUUCAGUAAUUUAUUUGGACGACAUUUUUUGCAUUGGACGAACUUAUAAUGAAUGUUAUCAAAAUAUCUCAAAAACAAUAUCGCUAUUACAAGAUCUGGGUUUUUUAAUAAAUUACGAAAAAAGUUGCCUUGUGCCUCGUAGAGAAUGCAAGUUUUUAGGUUUUAUGUUCAAUUCAAGGGACAUGAUUAUGACCCUACCUAAAGAUAAAGUUAUAAAAAUAAAUAAAGCUUUAUUAAACUUCUCGCACCUUAAAAAAUGUAGGCUCAGAGAAUUAGCAAAAUUUAUAGGACUUCUCACUUCUACCUGUCCUGCCAUUCAAUAUGGAUGGCUUCAUACAAAAAAUUUAGAGCGUUAUAAAUAUCUUUGUUUGCUAGAUAAUCCUAACUACGAUCAAAAAAUAUCGUUACCUCAAUAUUUAAAUUCAGAUAUAUCUUGGUGGUUACAAAACAUUCAACAUGGUCACAAUCCAUUGCGUCUCAAUGAAUUCAAAAAAGAAAUUUUUUCCGAUGCUUCUGGAACUGGCUGGGGUGCUUUUUGCAGUGGCCAGGAAGCAUCAGGUUUUUGGAAAACAGAAGAAAUCAAUUUACAUAUAAACGUACUUGAGUUAAAGGCAGCUUUUUUCGCAUUAAAGGUCUUCGCUGAUAAUAUGUCAGACUGCGAAAUUUUGUUGCGAAUAGAUAAUGUCACUGCAAUAUCGUGUAUUAACAGAAUGGGUAGUAUACAAUACCCACAUCUCAACAAAAUAUCCAGGGACAUAUGGAAAUGGUGUGAAAGGCGUAGAAUAAUGAUAUAUGCGUCUUAUAUAAAUACUAGGCAUAACCAUGAAGCAGAUUUUUUGUCGCGAAGAAAAUUUACAGAUACUGAAUGGGAAUUGUGUAGUUCUGCGUAUAAAGAUAUUGUGAACCAUUUUGGAAAACCAGAUGUUGAUCUUUUCGCCAGUCGGUCUAAUGCGAAGUGUCACACGUACAUUUCAUGGAAAAAUGACCCUGAUGCUUGGGUGGUCGACGCUUUCACGGUUUCCUGGUCGAAUUUGUCCUUUUACGCCUUUCCACCGUUUUCAAUGAUUUUAAAGAUGUUGCAAAAAAUAA